CCAGGUGCGCCCCGAAGGACAAGUGGAAGGCUGGGGAGAUGGGGGUACGCGGCGCAGAGACUCCGCGUGUGCAGAGCCCCCAGAGGGCGGAGCCACAAAGAUGGGACCGAUGGAGGUUCAGGGUGGAAGAGAAGGGGGUCAAGGAGACGAUAAGGAGCAGAGAAGGGGGCAGGGGACACGAGGGGAUGCGGAAAGGAAGGGAUUCCGUAAGGAGGGGCCAAGACUCCUGUCAGGUGCUGGCCAGAGGGCUGGCUGGAUAGAAACUGGGACGGGCCCAGGGCAUUUGGCCACCUCCACUUUGAGAACCUUGGGCAGAUUCCAGUGAGGAAGCAGAGUGCCUGUGGAGACAGUCCUUUCUGGAAGUUCCUUUAAAGUGAGGAGAGAGUGUAGAUGCGGGAGAAGAAUUUGGGAUGAGGGUGAGGAGCCUUUUAAAGCAAGUGUGUGGUUAGAAGACAGGCUCUGGGUUCUGAAGUCCCCACCCUUACUCACUGCAGUCCUCACCACUGUGAAACCUUUGGCAAGUCACUUAACUUUGUGCCUCAGUUUCCUCCUCUGUGAAAUGAGGAUGAUGAUGACAAUACCUGCCUCACAGGGUUUGUGUGAAGGUUAGAUGAGAUGGCGCCUGUAAAAGUACUUAACACAGCACUAAAAAGCAGUACCUGUUACUAUUCACUUUUAUGAUUAGAGCAGUUUGAGCGUAUUUGAUGCUGAUAAGAAGAAGCUGCUGGAGAGGGAGGCAUUGAAGACCAAGAGGAGAGAAAAGGGACUAGAGAGAAAGCGUUGGGAACUUGGUGGGGAGAUGAGUCUGGGGAGUCCGUCUGUGCCAAACCAAGGGAAGGAGGAGGAGUGGGAUGCAGGAAGUUUGCAGGUCUGGGGUAUGCGGUGAAGGGAAUGCCUCUCUGACAAUCUUUUCUCUGAAGUAGGCCUCAAUGUCACCUGCUGAGAGGGCCAGGCCAGGGCUGGCCCAGGUUGGGGUAGAGGUCUGGAUUCACGUUCCAGCCAGAGGGUGCCAUGCUGUCUUUCCCAGGAGCCCCAGAAGGUGUGCAGUUGAAUCUACCUGGGGCCGGAGGACAUCUGACCUGCCUUGCCAACUCGGGAGGCUCAAGUAGAGCUGAUGGAUGUGAAAACACUCCAUGCAGAAACUGAGGUUCAGAGAAGUUAAGGACCUUGUCUCGGGACCUGGAGUCCCACAGACCUGGUGCUAAUGCUGCUCCGCCACCCGGGGCUCUGUGACUUUGGCCUGGGCAUCUUGCUUCUCUGAGCCGAUACGUGGCUGCAGAAGAAUUCCCAGCAGGUUGCUCUAAGGAUUCAGAAGGAAAACGUCGUGCGGCGCACGGGAGACACGCCAGGAGCUGUAGUUCCCACACCACUGGGAUCUGCAUCCCACUUGGCUACUGAGACCAAUGCCCUGUGACCUGGUGUCUGUUUAGAGAUGGGGUAACCGAGCUCCCCUGUGAGGAAGUGACUUCUACGAGCGACACUGCACAGGGCAGAGUUAAAGCGCCUGGAACUUGUGUUUUGGGACCUGCCUCCAGGCCCCUGGGGAUUUCCACCAGAAAGAAUGACUGGACACUCCAGGGGCCUUCAGGCACCAUCCAGGGGAUUUUUUCACCACAAAGGGUAAUUCCUGCCCCAUCCCUGCUGUGACUCAGCGGUGACGUUGAACCACACAAACCAGAAAGAAGAAGAUAAAGUCAUCAGACUCCUGCUCACCAGAGAGGGUGGCCUGGGCCAGAACACACCUCUUCUCUCAGCACAAGCUCCACGAGGCUGGUGCCCUGCCCCAGAGGAGCUUAGACGGGCCCCCCGCCAGUCUGGGACGCCAGGAUGGCCUCUGGCUCAGCCAGCAGCCCCCGCCCGGCCCCUGAUGAGAACGAGUUUCCCUUUGGGUGCCCCCCCACCGUCUGCGAGGACCCAUCAGAGCCCAGGGCCCUCUGCUGUGCUGCCUGUCUCUCUGAGAACUCGAGGAACGGCGAGGAUCGGGUUUGUCUCAAAUGCAGAGGGGACGACUCCCAGUCUGUGGGCCCAGGAAGCCUGGUGUCUCAGGAGAAGGACCUCCCGGAGGUGGCUGAGGCUGGAGUUGGGUGCCCCUUUGCAGGUGUCGGCUGCUCCUUCAAGGGGAGCCCAAAGUUCAUGCAGGAGCAUGAGGUCGCCUCCCAGGCCACCCACCUAAACCUGGUGUUGGGCUUCAUGAAACAGUGGAAGGCCCAGCUGGGCUCUGGCCUGGGGUCCGGGCCCAUGGCCCUGGAGCAGAAUCUGUCAGACCUGCAGCUGCAGGCGGCCGUGGAGGUGGCUGGAGACCUGGAGGUCGACUGUUACCGGGCACCCUGUUCCGAGAGCCAGGAGGAGCUGGCCCUGCAGCACUUCAUGAAGGAGAAGCUCCUGGCCGAGCUGGAGGGGAAGCUGCGUGUGUUUGAGAACAUCGUCGCUGUCCUCAACAAGGAGGUGGAGGCCUCCCACCUGGCCCUGGCCGCCUCCAUCCACCAGAGCCAGCUGGACCGCGAGCACAUCCUGAGCCUGGAACAGCGGGUGCUGGAGUUGCAGCAGACCCUGGCCCAGAAAGACCAGGCCCUGGGCAAGCUGGAGCAGAGCCUCCGCCUCAUGGAGGAGGCCUCCUUUGACGGCACCUUCCUGUGGAAGAUCACCAACGUCACCAGGCGGUGCCAUGAGUCAGCCUGCGGCAGGACUGUCAGCCUCUUCUCCCCAGCUUUCUACACUGCCAAGUACGGCUACAAAUUGUGCCUGCGGCUCUAUCUGAAUGGGGACGGGACAGGGAAGAGGACCCACCUCUCGCUCUUCAUCGUGAUCAUGAGAGGGGAGUAUGAUGCGCUGCUGCCGUGGCCUUUCCGGAACAAGGUCACCUUCAUGCUCAUUGACCAGAAUAACCGGGAGCACGCCAUCGAUGCCUUCCGGCCCGACCUGAACUCAGCAUCCUUCCAGCGGCCCCAGAGUGAAACCAACGUGGCCAGCGGCUGCCCGCUCUUCUUCCCCCUCAGCAGGCUGCAGUCGCCCAAGCACGCCUACGUGAAGGACGACACCAUGUUCCUCAAGUGCAUCGUGGAGACAAGUGCUUAGGGUGGGCUGGGCUGGGUGAGCCACACCUGACUCCUGCGGGAGCGCCAGCUCCGACUGCGGCUUUAGCAAGAUGACUUAGGUCCUGCCCUUGACGCCCAAAAUCCCAGGGUGCAGUGAUGGGCAGGGGCUGGCUUGAUCUGAGCAGGACUAACAGAUGGACUGUGGCUGGCCAUCACCGUAGGGUGGCAUGACCUUGGGCUGGGCCCACAAAGGCAAAGGGUCCAGGAGGAGGUGGUGGCAGGACUGUCCUCCUCUGCACUGACCACACUGCCCUGGAGGCCGGGGAGCCACUCCGGCCCUGAAUGUUGAGGCAGGCUUUGACCAAGAUGGGGAGGGAAUAGGGACCAGGCCCGGGGCACGGAUGGUGAGCUGGAGAGGCAGGACCUGAACCAAGAAGCUCUCAGGAUGGGACACUCUCUGCAGGGCUACCACGGAGCACUGGAAACAUGCUUGCUCUCUUCCUGCCCGAAGUCAGAACUGGGACCAGGAGGUGGAAGGGAGUGUACAAUGUGAAUUCAGUCUGUCCGUGCCUGGACUGAGUUCCCCAUCACUGGAGGCAAGCAGGCAAAGCCAGAGGGCUGCACUUGGGGGAAGGCAUCAAAUUGGGGGUUGGAUUUGAAGACCUUGAAGCUUCCUUCCACCCCAGAAAGUCUCUAGGUCUAAGCCUUCUGGCCCAGGUGAGGCCUAGGUCUGCAGAGGUUCUAGAAACAUUCAGGAGCCUCAUGCCCUCCAGCUUCCAGGUGGGCCUGGCUGGCCCACAUGGCACCUGCCACCCUGGGCCUGGCAGCUCAGCUUCCCUAACAUGCAGGGGCACACACAGGCCCUGCGUCCUGUACUACCACCAGCAAACACCCCUUCACCUCCUCCAGGUGAAACCAGGUCACUGAGCUCCCAAGAGCAUCCAGAAGGACCGCGGAGGAGAGGGGCAUAAGCUCUCCUCUCUCCCUGCCUGGGGGCCCCACUGUCAGCACUUUCCAGAAUCUCAUUUCACCUGGUUCCGCAAGGUACUCACUUCUCUAGUUGACUGAUCAGGGCCUCUGAGCCCCUGAGCACAGGUUGUCCUUUUAAAUAUGGAUAAAACCAAAGAAGGAAUGUUUUUCA